CUGAUCAGAAGCAAACAGCCUCCACACCCUGCAGUCUGGAAGUUCCUCCGCAUUCCUGCAACCCUCAACACAAACUGACAGAAGGCUGGAGGAAGCCCACUGAGGCUGCAGGAGUUGUGCCGGGCCCAGCUGUAGGACCAGAGAAGCUCGUCAUCCUCUACGCCCUGCCAGUCUCACCAUGAGUGAGGCCAGCGGUGAUGAAGCUGCUGGAGACUCGGCAGGAAGAGAAAAGGUUCCGAGCAAACUGAGCGCCGCCUCCAUCGGACCGGACUGGACCAAAGUCCGGUGUCCCUGCUGCGUCUCCGAUCGAGUCGAGCCGCUGGUGUUGGUGAAGCUCGGCGAGAAGGUCGGUCCGGAGACGAAGAGAUGGAUCAUCAGACUGAUCGGAGCUUCGCAGAAAGAUGGAGGGGCUGCAUUAUUGGCCCACCCAGGUGAAGACGCCAGCGGUGACAUCAUCGUGGUCUCGGCUCCUCGCUGUACGUUACUCCGAGCCACUGAGGAGUUGGGUCUUUGUAAACUUUACCGCAACGGGGACAUGGAGGCCUUUUCCUACAGCGACAGAGACAACUUUAAAGAUUCAGACAACAUGGAAGAGUUUCUGACGCUGGCUGAGCGUCAGUACAUGGUGAAGUACGAGCUGGACGGUCUUCGGGCUCAGAGGGAUCUGAGGAUUCCUGGCCUCCCCGACAGCUGCACGCUGCAUAACCGAGACAACAUCUGGCAGAAGCUCAGGUCGUUCGGUGUGAUUGUGGACACGUUUCCUCUCCACAACCCGGACAAACUGAAGAACCUGAGCGAAGCCUGGUACUCUGGGAACCAGCUGGCUCAGCCUCUGGAUUCAGUCAACGAGUAUUUUGGAAGCUCCGUGGCAUUUUACUUCAGCUUCCUGGAUUUCUACACCUGGUCUCUGCUCCCACCGGCGCUGCUGGGUCUGACCAUCACUUACUUCUCAGGUGAGGUCCAGAAGGAGAUGGUGGAGUCGGUGUCGGGCCCUCAUGAAGGCGACUCGGAGCCGCCGGUGAGCGGUCACAUGCUGCAGGCCGUCUUCAGCAUGCUCUGGUCCACGGUGGUGAUGGAGCUGUGGAAACGCCGGAGCUCCUCGCUGUCGUACCGCUGGGGGACGCUGCAUCUCGCCGAGCGCUUCGCCGAGCCCCGGCCUGGUUUCCAUGGUGACCUCGGAGUCAACCCCGUGACGGGUCGGGUGGAGCCGCUGUUCCCUGAAUGGCAGCGGGACCUCCGGAUGGCGCUGGUGUCGGUGCCGGUGGUCGGCCUGUUUCUAGGACUGGUGGUACUGGGCAUGAUGUGUUUCUACUGGGCGGAGGCUCAAGUUCAACAUCUACACAACGACUGGGACUCCCUGCUGUCUCAGACUUUACUCUACAUGCCCUCAGUGCUUCACAUCAUCUAUACUAACGUACUCGCAACUGUUUACAAGACGGUGGCGCAAUCUCUGACUGAAUACGAGAACCACAGAGAGGAGUCGGCCUUCCAGAACCAUCUGACAGCCAAAGUCUUGGUGUUCACCUUCUUCAACUACUUCGCAGUUCUCUUCCACAUUGCCUUCUUCAAGCAGGAUGUUCCUCUGCUUCGCAAGCGUCUGGCAUCUCUGCUGAUCGUGACCCAGCUGAUAAACCAGGUGACAGAAGUGGUCAUACCGUUCCUGGUGGACCGGUUCAUCAGCGCCCCCCACAGGACCGAGAGCAAAGAUGACCCACAGGAGGAAAAGUUCAGGAACCAGGGCACCCUGCCUCCUUUCCCUGGCCUGUUUGCGGAGUACAUCGAGCUCCUGGUGCAGUUUGGGUAUUUGAGUCUCUUCUCCUGUGUGUUUCCUCUGACCGCCGUGCUGCUGCUCCUCAACAACCUGACCGAGAUCCGAUCGGACGCCUAUAAGAUCUGCAAACUCUUCCGCAAACCUUUCUCGCCGCCUGCGGCUAACAUGGGCGUUUGGCAGAUUGCAUUCGAGGUCCUGAGUUUUGUCUCCGUUGUGUCCAACUGCUGGCUGCUGCUGCUGUCGCCGCGGUUACAAGAGAUGUUUCAGGAGGGGGGGAUGAGCAGCACAAACGUUCUACUGUUGGCUGUUCUGGUGGAGCACGUGCUGAUCUUAAUCAAAGUCAUCAUGGCGGUUCUGAUCCCAGACGAACCGGACUGGAUCCGAAAAAAGCGAGAGCACAUUGAGUACUCGUCCAUGCAGGCCCUGAGACAGCAGAAGCUGCAGUCUGAAGAGUCCUAAUUCAGUUUCAAGUCGUUGAGGUGGUGCUUUAUCGCAAUCGAGAAACCCGAAAGGAUAAAAGUGUGGGAUCUCCAGCAGGGUCCAGGAUGCACAUUUACUGCUGUAUACUUUGAAAGUGUUUCUGCUGCUCUCACUAAUUGGCACGGCGCUUCAGCGAUAUACACACUUAGAGACGAAGCGACUUUAUUGUCGUACACUGUGAGCCCAAGUGAAACAGCAGCUUCAAAAGUGUUUUUAUUUUCCACUAUUAGCGAAGGGAAUGUGUCGGUGCACAGACACCCUUUAAAAAGACAGUUUUAUGAUAAAGGAGGCUCUUUGACAGUAUGUACAAUCAGUAAUUAGCGAGGAACAGUCAGGAUUAAGUAUGUGUUGCUACUGGGAGGGUCAAAUGUUUCUGAUAAGCUGCAGUUAAUGUUCAGGAUUCAUAAUUAUUGAAGACAGUAUCAUCGUGGAGUUAAUUUAGCGGUAAGCAGAACAGGAGACAGAAUGGUUGCAUUAAAAUAAAUAACCAGGAGAAAAACAACAAGAAAAAACUGAAGAAUACAGAAAUACAGAAGGUAUGGACAAUUAUAUAGACAUUUAUAUCUAUAGAGUAAACUGGGGUAAGACAUCCAUGUUAAGUUUUGCUUUAAAAUAUAUAUGUUGAGAAAAUCAACAUAUAAACUGUAUAUAUAGAAGAGGUCCUCGGUUUACGACGUCCUCGACUUACGGCGUUUCGUCGUUAUGUCGGAACUGGUUACGUGGAACUAGUUGUCGAGUGGCGCAGACAGCUACGUCAUCAUAAGACGGCUUUAUUUCCACUCUUCAGUUGUACGCCACCUUGGAUUGUGCUACAUUCACUAACUUUUUGUCCUUCAUUAUGGCUCCAAGCCUAAUUCAGAUUCUUGUGAUGCUGAAAAAAAAAGGAAAGCCGUCUCCAUGGAAGUGAAAUUAGAUAGAAUAAAACACUCAGAGCAGGGCGAAGCACCGACGAACAUCAGUCAAGCCAUAAAAACAGUUUAAUAUAUUGUGAUGAAUGAGACUUUAUCUGGUUCUCUGCUGGUUUAUUGAACCUUCACACAGGCUACUGUGGGCCGUAGCCAACGCCAGAAUGACUAGAAAAACCCCAUAACUUAGCUUCAGAAUUAACCACCAUUAAUAGUUCUCUCUCACUCCACACACUACUGCUGACUCUUAGCCAAUCAGAGGUGAGCUACCUAAAGAUGGCACGUUCACAAUUAGGUAAAUCUGGAACUGAACAAUAAACAUUGAAACCUCAACAUCAACAACAA